GGCCGCGCCGUCAGGGAAGGCGUUACCGGACCCAGCAUGGUGGCGAUGUGCCGGUACCCCGCGGCCCUCCUCCUCGUGCUGCUCUGGGGCUGCCUCUGCCCCCUUGCCCACGCCGGCCUCUACUUCAGGGAAGGGCAGCACUGCUACAAGCCGGCCCCGCGCAGGUCGCCUGGGCUGAGGACCUACCCCCGGCCGUACGAGUACCUGGACAUCUCCGCGCUCCCCAGGAGCUGGGACUGGAGGAACGUCAACGGCGUCAACUACGCCAGCACCACUCGGAACCAGCACAUCCCGCAGUACUGCGGGUCCUGCUGGGCACACGGCAGCACCAGCGCUCUAGCAGACCGAAUCAACAUAAAGAGAAAAGGAGCAUGGCCUUCUGCCUAUCUCUCUGUUCAGAAUGUGAUUGACUGUGCUGAUGCAGGAUCCUGUGAAGGUGGAGACCACACAGGUGUUUGGAAGUAUGCCCAUGACCAUGGCAUUCCAGAUGAGACCUGCAACAACUACCAAGCUAAGGAUCAAAAGUGUAAGAAAUUUAAUCAGUGUGGCACUUGUGUCACUUUUGGAGAGUGCCAUGUCAUAAAGAACUAUACUCUCUGGAAAGUUGCUGACUACGGGUCUGUCAAUGGAAGAGAAAAGAUGAAGGCAGAAAUCUAUACUAAUGGACCAAUCAGCUGUGGCAUAAUGGCUACGGAGAAGCUGGAUGCUUACAGUGGAGGACUUUAUACAGAGUACAACCCCUCAGCUGUGGUGAAUCACAUUGUAUCUGUGGCUGGCUGGGGUGUAGAAAAUGGAACAGAAUACUGGAUUGUUCGUAACUCCUGGGGUGAACCCUGGGGUGAAAGAGGGUGGCUGAGAAUUGUGACAAGCGCAUAUAAAGAUGGAAGAGGAGCAGAAUACAAUCUUGCUAUUGAAGAGGACUGUGCAUACGGAGAUGCUGUACUUCCUUGAUUCUAUAGUGUACAUCUUUCUGUUUAGAAACCACUUUAGAAGCUUCCCAGCACAACCUUUUUCUGUUUAAAGGAUAGCAGUCUAAAAUUCCUUCACAAUUCAAGACCAUCAGGCAGUUCUGCAAAAUUAGCCCAGACAGCAACACAAAAUGUCUUCAAAGUAAAAUACAUACAGAGCUGCCUUCAGGUAUCUCCAACUUAAAAGCCUUUUACCCAUGAGAAAAGUGUUCUGUGUUGAUGCACAGUAUUGAAAUCAUACUGACUUCAGUGCAGAAACUAAAUAUCUGUUUAAUUACAAAUUAUGUAGGCAUACUGGGAAGGAAAAAGUAUACUCAAUAUUUGGGUCUAGAGAUUAUAUUAAAUUCUCUGACAGUAUUGAGCAAAUAUCUCACAAAUCAUGGUGCUCACAAGGCUAAGUCUGGCCAUGACAUGUUAAAAACCUAAAUCCCCUGUCGCUUCCUUGGCCUCAUGGUAAAACAGUGGUGUUGGAAGUCUCAUGUAAUGCAGUUACAUUUAUGCAACCAGAAUGAUUUAUCAGGAAUUACUUUGCUCAAAAACCAAUUACUUACUUAUGUCCUUGCUCAAAUUCUGUGCUUUAAUAUGUGAUUGGCUGUGCCCUUUUUCUCCUAAAGGGGCAAAGCUUAAAUUGCCACAGCCCAUUACUCUCUUAAUUUGAAGGUUUCCAAUUCUCUUCCUUCACACUUAGCCAGUUACCAAGUGGCAAACGAGUGUAAUAUCAAAUGUUACUAAGUGGCAUUAAUUGCAUUUAAUAAAUGGACUUUUUCUUACA